AUGUCCCUGGAAGCCUGUGGCCAGACUCCCCCUUUCUAUGGGGAGCGAGUUCCUUCAGAGAAACUGGAAACUAAAGCUCGUAAUUAUGAAAUUCCGCUCAGUCGUCCCAAAAAAAGAAAGCCCAAAGGAAAGACUCCUUUAGGUGGCAUUGUCCAAGCAGCUGUUCGUCGGCAGUCUGAAAGCAGUGAGCCCCUAACUCCUGAACUUCAUGAUGUCCCUCCUCAGAGGAAACGCAAGAAGAAGAAAAUACCAACCGAUUCUGAGACCUCUUUUACCCAGCAAAAUGUCGCAUCCUUAUUUCAGAAUGGAAAUGGCAUGGAUGUCCCUGAAGCUGAAGAAACAGUGAUCCGCAAACAGAGAAAAAGAACAAAGAAACCUCGGCCAGCUGAAACACACUGUUCCAGUGAGCUGGAAGUGGAGGAAGAAGACAUCAUUGAAGACGAGCACAGAAAGAGCCCAGAUCAGCAGCCUGUGUUUGCUGCUCCCACUGGAAUUAGCCAACCUGUUAGCAAAGUGUUUGUUGAAAAAAAUCGGCGUUUUCAGGCAGCUGACCGUGCAGAAUUGAUUAAAACCACUGAAAAUAUCAAUGUACUUAUGGAUGUAAAGGCUUCAUGGACUACCAGAGAUGUCGCCCUCUCGGUGCACCGAAGUUUCAGGGUAAUCGGACUCUUUACCCAUGGCUUCCUUGCUGGGUAUGCGGUAUGGAACAUCAUUGUUAUCUACAUUUUGGCAGGAAAUCAACUGUCCAUGGUUUCUAAUCUGCUCCAGCAGUAUAAGACACUAGCAUACCCAGCUCAAAGUUUGUUCUAUUUGUUACUGUCUAUCAGUACAGUCUCAGCCUUUGACAGGAUUGAUUUGGCAAAAGCAUCGGUUGCACUGCGGGGCUUUCUUACCCUAGACCCAGCAGCAGUAGCCUCUUUCUUGUACUUUGCUGCUCUUAUCUUAUCCUUAAGCCAGCAGAUGACAUGUGACAGAAUAAAUCUCUACACACCACCUUUGGAAAAUGGCAGCAUCUGGGUGGCAGGUACAGAGGAAGAAAUUGUUCAGCCAUGGAUUGUGGUGAAUCUGGUAGUGUCUAUUCUAGUUGGGGCAAGUUGGAUCUUCUUGUCUUAUCGACCAGAGCUAGACCACAGUGAAGAACUGAUGUUUCAUGCUGAAAUUGAGGAAUUUCCCCAGGGAGAUAUCAUACCCAGAGUCCAGCCAUAGUGUGGAACAAACAUCUGCAAAUACUGUAGCUGUGACUGACGGCUCAACAUGCUGUGUAUUAUAGCCAUGUAUUAUAACUUUCUUAAAAAAAAAAAAAAGUAUUUUUGUAUUGUAUAUAUUGGAUUUUGAUCUUUUUAUGUAUGCUAUAAUUUCCAAAUGUGAUUGAAAACUUUUAUACUUUUACUUUUUAUUUUACAAAGUAGAUUAUUAUCUCUAGCACACAAAGUCAAGGUGGUUUUGUAAACAUUACUACCUAUAUAGCCAAAGAAACUAGAUGGAUGCAGAAGAUUAGGUAUUCGGAGCUUUUUUGACUGCUGUACAACAACCUGCUUUUGUUACUGAUGCUGAUGGCAGUUGGCUUGCUUGAUUUGGCUAAAUACUCUCUAGAGAUGAAGAAAGUAGUCUAAGGAAGAUUAUAACAAAACAGAGUUAGGAAACAAAAAUGACAGUUAGCAAGCAUAAAAUAAUGUGGGUUUAGUUGUCAUAAAAAGUAUUUGCUAGGGUAAGGAAUUGAAUUGUCAGGGAUUUUGUUUGAUAAUUCCUUAAAAGAGGAUGCUUUAUUUUUCUUCAUCUUCAUUUAGUUCUCAUGACCUUGAUGAUAAGUUCUUUCAAGUUGAUGUAGACACAAGAAACUGAACUUUUAAUGUUGCAACAGUUUGGUCAGCUAAUGAAUACUUAAAUACAUCUUUUAAUCAAGACGGUUCUUUUUGGCUUGCCCACAGGACAUAUGUACAUCCUGUAAUUUCUCAACAGUCAGGUGCAUAAGUAUUACAAAGCUAUUCACAGGAAUACUGUUCUGAUUUCUCCUUAUCUUGUAUGGCAAGAGCAAUAGUGUUAUUCACUGCUUUUUCUAAAGAAACUUGAAUUUCACAGAUGUUAAAAAUGUUCGUACUUCUGCCUAUUUUGUUGAAGAAUGAUUUCCCCCAAAAGGAUGUUUGUUGUUAGGAUGGAAUGGGAAAACUCUUCCUAAAAUUAUAAGAAAAUGCUUACUAAAGCAAAACAAAAACCCUAUAGCAACCAAUCUUCUGCAUAGGGAUGUAGUAGUAAUAGUGGCAGUUGGAGGGUUUUGAUGACGAAAGCCAAGAUUCUUUUAAAGUGGCAAAAUUAAACCAUUGCAGAUAUGAAUAAAUACAGAUCUCUUGCAGGAUGAAACAGUCUUCUUAGCAGACAUAGAAGAGAGCUCGUUUGAAAUCCAUUUCUCAAGAAAGUAUCACCUAAAGCCCAAAGACUAUUUGUAUAUGUUAAUUAAUAUGUAUUGAUUUUGCAUUUUUAUUUAAUAUGUGUGUCUAAGUGUGGUUGUAAAAGUUGUGCAGUUGUCAAAGUUUCCUGGAGAAUUACUUCACAUUCCAGUAGUGAAGGUAAGACUUGAAGGGGGAAGUUAAAGAGCCAGUAACUUUCAGUUCUGUUGCCAGAGUUGCUUUAGAACAAGGAUGGGAACAUGAAUAACUAGGGCUAGGACUUGAGUUCUGUUAUGCUCAUCCAGCAAAUUGAAGUAAUUAAAAAAUUCAUUUUCAUUACAUUUUUUUGGGGGGAGGGGGCAUGGAGAGGCAUGGAGAGGAAGAGUUUACCAGAAUUAAAAGGCUUUCCACAGCUGUUGGCUAUGUUCUGGGGCAUUCCCUUUGUUGUGUGAAGGGGCUGAGCUGUUAACCUUUUUUGUAAAUUGUUAUGGUUCUUGUGUAUUUUUUGCAAAACUGUAGAGCUGAAUUAUAGCUGGCACUCCACUGUCCAUUAAAAUGGAAAGAUUCAGCAUGCUGCUCCCCUUCAGUGUUACACUGGAGGUUCUUGUCAUAAUUUGGCUGUAGAUGGGUGAUGAGGCACUACGUAGUGUUCCCAUGCAAGUUGCUACCAUGCUUUCUCCAGAUGUGUGAUUUACAGAACUGUUGAGCUCCUGAAGAUGAGAUUAGUAAUGGCUUCUCAUUGUUGUUUGACAUUUCUGUCAUCUUGGCAUGGUAAGAAGUAUAAUUUUGCCCAUCAGAUAUGAAGCUCAGGCACAAUAGUGCUAAAGCAUCAAGUCAGUUCAGGAAAAACUUGAAUACCAUCAUUGCUUGAUUGCUGAUAUUAUUACUAGGUAUUGGCCUCCCAAGUAUCCCUUGGACAAAGUGAUGCCAGCCAAG